AUGAUAACUGAAAUUCGUGCAUAUCAGAAUCAUACCAAAGCUAUUAUCAUCUCUGGAGGACCCAAUUCUGUGUAUGCAGAAGAUGCUCCCUGGUUUGAUCCAGCAAUAUUCACUCUUGGCAAGCCUGUUCUUGGAAUUUGCUAUGGCAUGCAGAUGAUGAAUAAAGUAUUUGGAGGAACUGUGCACAAAAAAAGUGUUAGAGAAGAUGGAGUCUUCAGUAUUAGUGUGGAUAACACAUGCUCAUUAUUCAGGGGCCUUCAGAAGGAAGAAAUUGUUUUGCUUACCCAUGGAGAUAGUGUAGACAAAGUAGCUGAUGGAUUCAAAGUUGUGGCACGUUCUGGGAACAUUGUGGCAGGUAUAGCAAAUGAAUCUAAAAAAUUAUAUGGAGCACAGUUCCACCCUGAAGUUGGCCUUACAGAAAAUGGUAAAGCAAUACUGAAGAAUUUCCUCUAUGAUAUUGCUGGGUGCAGUGGGACAUUCACUGUGCAGAACAGAGAACUGGAGUGCAUUCGAGAGAUCAAGGAGAGAGUAGGCACAUCGAAAGUGUUGGUUUUACUCAGUGGUGGAGUAGACUCAACAGUUUGUACAGCUUUGCUGAAUCGUGCUUUGAAUCAAGAUCAAGUCAUUGCUGUGCACAUUGAUAAUGGCUUUAUGAGAAAACGUGAAAGCCAGUCUGUAGAAGAGGCCCUCAAAAAGCUUGGAAUUCAGGUCAAAGUGAUAAACGCUGCUCAUUCAUUCUACAAUGGAACAACAACUCUACCAAUAUCAGAUGAAGACAGAACUCCACGAAAAAGAAUUAGCAAAACAUUAAAUAUGACUACAAGUCCUGAGGAAAAAAGAAAAAUCAUUGGUGAUACUUUUGUUAAGAUUGCUAAUGAAGUAAUUGGAGAAAUGAACCUGAAACCAGAGGAGGUUUUUCUUGCCCAAGGUACUUUACGGCCUGAUCUAAUUGAAAGUGCAUCCCUUGUUGCAAGUGGAAAAGCUGAACUCAUCAAAACUCAUCACAAUGACACAGAGCUUAUCAGAAAGCUGAGAGAAGAGGGGAAAGUAAUAGAACCUCUGAAAGAUUUUCAUAAAGAUGAAGUAAGAAUUUUAGGCAGAGAACUUGGACUUCCAGAAGAGUUAGUGUCCAGGCAUCCAUUUCCAGGUCCUGGCCUGGCAAUCAGGGUAAUAUGUGCUGAAGAACCUUAUAUUUGUAAGGACUUUCCUGAAACCAACAAUAUUUUGAAAAUAGUAGCUGAUUUUUCCGCAAGUGUUAAAAAGCCACACACACUAUUACAAAGAGUCAAAGCCUGCACAACAGAGGAGGAUCAAGAGAAGCUGAUGCAGAUUACAAGUCUUCAUUCACUAAAUGCCUUCCUGCUGCCAAUUAAAACUGUAGGUGUGCAGGGUGACUGUCGUUCCUAUAGUUACGUAUGUGGAAUCUCCAGUAAAGAUGAGCCUGACUGGGAAUCUCUUAUUUUCCUGGCUAGGCUUAUACCUCGCAUGUGUCACAACAUUAACAGAGUUGUCUAUCUAUUUGGCCCACCAGUUAAAGAACCUCCUACAGAUGUUACACCCACUUUCUUGACAACAGGAGUGCUCAGUACUUUACGCCAAGCUGAUUUUGAGGCCCAUAAUAUUCUCAGAGAGUCUGGAUAUGCUGGGAAAAUCAGCCAGAUGCCAGUGAUUUUGACACCAUUACAUUUUGAUCGGGACCCACUUCAAAAACAGCCUUCAUGCCAGAGAUCUGUGGUUAUUCGAACCUUCAUUACUAGUGAUUUCAUGACUGGUAUACCUGCAACACCUGGCAGUGAGAUCCCUGUAGAGGUGGUGUUAAAGAUGGUCACUGAGAUUAAGAAGAUUCCUGGUAUUUCUCGAAUUAUGUAUGACUUAACAUCAAAGCCCCCAGGAACUACUGAAUGGGAGUAAUAAACUUGUUCUAUUAAA